AUGGCCGACAGAGAGCGUCGAGAAGCGAACGACGAGAGGGCGCAGACGCCGCAGAACGAGCAGAAUGAGCAGAACGAGCAGAACGAGCACUUCGCGGGAUUCAACAGGACGUUCAUCGUCCAGCUCGACGAUUUCGUAGAUGGCAACCAAUCAGCAAACGCUGGCACGGAUCGGGAUAGCGGCGCUGAGCAGCCACCUGAAGGCCCUGGUAGGUUCCAUAUCCACUUCUUGACACUCUCUCACAGCCGCUCUCUAGAACGUCCCGCCCGUCCAGUCCUCCCCUUCCAGAUCCUCUUAUCGUCGUUCAUGGCUGCAUUACGGGCACGCAACGGCGCUGGGAAUGGCGACAACAACACCGGCGAUUUCGCUGGGAUGGGUGGCCAUAUACAGAUAGAGCGUGGUCCGCUCCUCCCAGAGUUCUACCCUAUGCACCAGCACCACCACAGUGAGGGACAUGCCCACGCACAUCCGCCAACACCCACAAACAAUCCAGCCAACGGUAACGGUGAAAUGGGCGAGCGCAGCAGCCUCCUAGAGAGGAUAGAAGAGCUCAGAAGCAGAAAUCCCUAUGGCGAACAGGGGGCCUUUCCGCCGCCAUUCACUAUCACUAUCAACUUCCCAAUAGCCGGUGGGCUGCAUCACGAGAAGAAGCCCGACCCAGCCCGCGCCGAGCGGAUCCUGAGUGCUCUCCCAAAACUACACAAGGGCGUCACCAGACGCAUGAGCAGGGUCGGCAUAGAGACCACCUGCGGUGUCUGUCUUGACAGCCUCAACGCGAGAGCGGAGCUCCAGAAGCCAGAAACCGAAGAAGGCGAAGCUAGCACCUCGGCCGUGCCCCCAGAAGAGGAAGCCCGGCGCGAGGAAGAGAUCGUCGCUCUGCCGUGCUCGCACGUCUUCCACUCCAACUGCCUCAGGCCGUGGUUUGCGCUGCACACACUCUGUCCAAUGUGCAGAUUCGACCUCGAUCCCGAGUCGAUGACGAUGUCCACGCCCCCUCCGGAGGAGAACAGGAGCGAGGGCGACGGCAACCCCUUCGUCAGCAUCAUCGAGCGUCUCGUUCGCGGCAACAGAGAGCGCGCGGGCAGAACCCAGCAGCAAGAGGCCGAGCAGUCGAACAACGGCGGGAGAGCUGAGAGCGCGUUUUCGGCGAGGCAGAAUAGACACCACCCGUAUGCACGCACGCGGUCGGCGACUGACCCGCGCGGCGAGCGCUCGGAGCGCGCUCUGCGUGGCGUGCGCGCAGACGAGAAUGCCAACAACGCCACCGCCAACACACAUCCAGACACGAGAAGCGCAGAGGAGGAAAUGCCCCGUCCGGCGCCGCCGCCGAAGAAGUUCGAGAUACCAAAGGCCAGCCGUUCGCUCGAGGAUAUCCUAGUCAAGCGCGAAAGGGAAAGCGGCUUCAGGUGCGACAUGAAAGACUGCAAGCUCGGUCCGACAGACGAGUCCGACGCCCUCACAACCGCCAACAUGCUCUCCAUCGGCGGUUCAGAAAAGCCCGCCUGUGCCCACUUCCUGCACUCCCACUGCUAUCACCUCGCGAACAGCGGCUGCCGAUACUACAACCUCGAGCAUACGCACGACGACGGCCGCGUCGACUCUAAAUGCCCGGUGUGCAAAGCAGCCGGGAGGGUACACAAGCACGAGUUGGCAUACUAG